AUCUCCAUUUUUAGCCCCUAACUGUGAUAAUCUCUCACAACUUAGAGCAAAGAUCUAAAAGAGUUCAAUUAUGGAUACAGAUUUCUCAUCUAUACUAACUCUUCUUACCUUCUUCAUAUUUCUUGCAGCAUUCUUCAAAGUUAUCCUCCGGUCGAAAACCGGCGAAACUUCGAAUCUUCCACCGGGGCCAAGAAAGUUGCCGUUGAUCGGGAACUUGAACCAUCUCCUCGCUCGUUCUGCUACGACCCAUAAAGUAUUGAGUGACUUGGCCGCGAAACAUGGACCGGUGAUGCACUUGCAGCUUGGCCAAGUUAGCGCCGUUGUUAUCUCCUCGGCCGAGGCGGCGCAAGAAGUCAUGAAGACACACGACACCAUCUUUGCGAAUAGACCGUGGUUUGUCAACACAUCGAUUAUUUUCUACAAGCAAAAGGAUAUAGCAUUCUCCCCGUACGGCGAAUACUGGAGACAGUUGAAGAAAAUUUGCACAAUGGAGCUGCUAAGCCCGAAACGAGUUCAAUGGUUCCAGCCUUUAAGGGAAAAAGAGUUUUCGAAUAUGUGCAAAUGGAUAGCUUCUAAAGAAGGGUCGUCGAUAAAUUUGACAGAGAAGAUGUAUUCGGCAAUAUGUGAUGUUCUGAUGCAGGCGACGUUUGGGAGUAUGACAAAAGAACUAUCGGCCUACAUUGAUCGAAUCCAAGACAUGAAUGACCUUAUCAUGGAAUUCUCUUUGGAGGAUUUUUAUCCUUCGAUCAGAUUGUUUCGACUAUUCAAUACAUUGAGAAGGAAGACUAAUAGGUUGCACAAAACUAUCGAUACAAUCCUCGAUAAUAUCAUCAUUGAGCACAGAGCAGCGAAUCGUGAAAGCAAUCAAGAAGAAGAUCUAGUCGACGUUCUCCUCAAGUUCAACGAAGAAGGACACGAACAGCAUUUAACUAUCGAGAGUGUAAAAGCUGUGCUGCAGGAUAUGAUCGCCGGAGGAUUCGAUACAGCUGCAGCAACUACCGAUUGGGCCAUGGCGGAGAUGCUGAAACACCCGACCAUUCUUAAGAAGGCGCAAGAUGAGGUGAGAUCGGUAUUCAACAAUAAGGGACUUGUCGACGAGUCUUUCUUUAAUGAGCUAAAGUACCUAAAGUUAGUCAUUAAAGAGACUCUGAGGUUGCACCCAACCGGGCCGUUGCUCCUUCCCCGACAGAGCUCCAAGCCAUGCGAAAUCAAUGGUUACAAAAUACCUUCGAACACGAGGGUCCUCGUCAAUGCUUGGUCUAUUGGAAGAAAUCCGAAAUACUGGAAUGAAGCGGAUCGUUUUAUUCCGGAGAGAUUUCUUGAUAAUCAAGUCGAUUACAAGACAAACAACUUCGAAUUCAUCCCUUUCGGCGCCGGAAGAAGGAUUUGCCCGGGAAUAACAUUCGGCCUCGCCAACGUCGAGCUCCAGUUGGCGAUGCUUCUCUAUCACUUCGAUUGGGUUUUGCCUGAAGGAAUGAAGCCUGAAAAUUUGGACAUGGCGGAUGUCUCAGGUCUUGUAGCAAGAAGGAAAAAUCCAUUGUACGUUAUUCCAGCAGUCAGGAUUCCUUUGCCUGCAAAUUAAGGAUCGAUCUAUGCUAUGUUCGAGUAUUUCGAAGUUACUGUGAUUAUGAGCUUUUUAUUUUCAUUGUUUUGUACUACUUUCUGUUUCUUAUUUCUAAGGUUGAUUUUAUCUUUGGAAUACGUGUUGAAUAUGUCCUAUAUUGGAUAUGAGGUAGGAAUUCUCCUGACUUACAAGAGUGAAAUCCUCUACAU